CCUGGCGUGAUUGCGUGAUUUGCCUGAGUCGUUCUCCCCCUUACCCCUCCCCUCCCCUCUCUCUGAGUCGCCGGUACCGGAAUUGGGGAGGUUAUCGGGGACUUCUUGAAGCUGGAAGCAAAGAACUGAGCCUCUUCCUGUUUAAAGUCAAGGAAAAGAUUAUUUAAGAAGGUAAUGGAGAAAUUGGACGCUGUUGUUGAUCAAUCUCCUCUGGUUUCCCCUCCGAUACCACCUCCGUUGCCUGGUCCGGCGACGACAAGCUAUUACCGGCGGGGAUUAAUGAUGAAUGGAUUGCCACUAAGAGGACACUGCUGCGUCUCUAAGGCAACAAGGAACUUGUGGGAUGAGCUCUUUGAUACUGGCUACAGAGCAAACGUUGUUGUUAAGACGGAUGAUGGUGGCGUUAUCUUUGCUCAUGCCAAUGUUCUUGGCAUGGCUUCUCCUGUACUAAAUGGUUUGUUAAAGCAAUCCAAAGGCCUUGGUCGGAGAAAAUCAUUCUCAAUCCGCGGUGUUCCACGGGAUGCAGUUCGUGUUUUCAUCCGAUUUUUGUACUCUUCCUGUUACGAGAAGGAAGAAUUGAGGGAAUUUGUCUUGCAUUUAUUGGUGUUAUCGCAUUCAUAUGUUGUUCCCCAAUUGAAGAGACUUUGCGAGCAGCAACUAGAGCAGGGUUUGCUUACCAUAGAAAAUGUAGUUGAUGUUUUUCAGCUUGCAUUACUCUGCAAUGCUCCUCGGCUUAGCUUAAUCUGUCAUCGUAUGAUCCUUCGAAACUUCAAAGCUGUAAUUGCAACUGAUGGAUGGAAAGUGAUGAAGCAUAGUCAUCCGGCACUUGAGAAAAAGCUUCUAAAUUCCAUCGUUGACGAACAAAAUUGGAAAAAAGUGAGGAUAAGAAAAAUGAAUGAGCGGAAGGUUUACUUACAACUAUAUGAGGCAAUGGAGGCUCUUGUUCAUAUCUGUAGAGAUGGAUGCAGGACAAUUGGACCGCACGACAAAGACUUCAAAGACAACCAGGCACCUUGCAUGUACGCAGCUUGCAAGGGAAUAGAAUCUCUUGUUCGACAUUUUGCACGUUGCAAUAUGAGAGUCUCCGGGGGCUGCAUCCAUUGCAAGAGAAUGUGGCAGCUUCUGGAAUUGCACUCCCGUCUCUGUGCUGAUUCUGAUAAUUGCAGGGUUCCUUUGUGCAGGAAUUUAGGGGAGAAGAUUAGGAGACAGAGUAAGAAGGAUGAGAUAAAGUGGAAAAUACUAGUAAGAAAGAUAUCAAGAACAAAGAGAAUCGGAGGAGGACCGUUCUUUUUAUCUAUGAACUCCAGCUCUUGAUGAAAGCAAGGUCUUUUUUUUUGCCCUUAGACCAGCUUAGUUUGUGUAUAUUUUACCAAUGUAUGUAUUCAUAGUGUGAAUAAUGUUCACAACGAACUGCUGUGUUUUGUGUUCGUCCUGUGGUAUUAAAAUAAAGAGGCAGAGCAGUUAGUAGUUCCUUUUCAAGGCCUCAUUCUUCUGGCUCCAUGGAAGGAAGCUUGGGAUUUUAGAAAUGAUUCUGGCUGGAGCUUGUUUGAGGCAGAACCGUUGUAGGAUUGAGACUCCAUCAUUAAUCUAGAGACUAGAGAAUUGGAAGAGAGGGGGAAAAGAAACUCUUCAAGGUGUUGUAAUGUAAACUUAGAGUUGGAGCUACUCUUCCUACUUUGUUCCAUGUUUGUGUAUGGUAAUGUGUCAUUUAUUGAAAUAUUUGAACUAGAUCCCUUAGAGUUAAGAACAUCAAAGAAACAUGGAAUUUAAUUUAUUAAUUUU